GAAUUGUUCUAAAUUAUGGACCAAGACUCUUAUCUCUGCCUUGCUGUCAAUGGUUUAUAUAGUCCGCGAUUUGUCGACCUUGCUCACAUACAAAGUACAUUGAUACCCACAAUGCAGUCUCUUGUCUUUUGCACACUUCUGGCCGUGUUUUGCGCCUCUUCUGCCUUUCUUCUGGGAGAUGGCCCCGUCCAUGCAUCUUGCAAAGUAGAUUGGACCUUUGCACUUUCUUGUGAUGAGGUCAAGACCAAGAUUAAGGCCCAGAUCACGGCGUGGACAAGUGCUGAUAACUGUGCCAACGGGGGCGAGAAAUGUCUGUACACCUUCACGUCUGAGGCUGCCACCGUAUUGAAAGCUACUCACACGACCCCAGUCAAACACUACGUUGAUGAUCUGACCUUCACCUUCACAGCUGUUGACAGCAGUAACUGCAAAGUUCAUGGAUAUUCUACCUCUGAAACCUGGUAUGCCCACUUGGAUUACAGCACAAACUACUGUAAUCUCAACAACCUGAUUACAGGCUCAGCCUUACACCAAGUAGCUGGGUAUACCGAGACCACUUCAGACAAGAUCUGCACUCAAUACUCAACCGCUAACUGUGAGAAAUAUUAAGAAUAAAGAAUAUGUAAACCACAAACAA